GUUCCCACUUUAUGAUAAAGCAAAAGCAAGCAAGCUAAGGGAAAAUAAAAUAGAAAAGUAGAGAGGAAAGUAAGAAAGAAAAGAAAAGAAAAGCAAUAAAGAAAUUAAAGGCAAGGAGAAGAAAAAGAGAGGAAACAAAAGACAAAAGGUUCUAAAACUCCAUGAUUAUUAUUAAUUCAAAUUCUCUAAAAAAAAGUAUACAAUCAAAGCAACAAUAAUAACACUAGUGUUCCUCCCUACUUUCCUCUUAUAGCUACUUAACCAACCACAUAAGCUUUUCUCAAAUUAAGUUUCAACUUAAAGACCCUAUUUGAAGCAUCAAGAAAGAAAGAAAGAAAGACAUGAAUAGAGGUGUUAAUCUACAAAGCUCACCAGUGCAACAAAUGAUGGCUGGAAACCCUAACAACUGGUGGAACUCCAUGCGCCCGCCGGCACCUGAUCAUCAUCAUCACCAACCUUUCUUCUCCACUACUACUACUACUACUAGUCCUUCUCCUUCUAAUUACUUUGUAACUCCGUAUCCUACUUCAUCUUCUCUUCCUCUUCCUUCUUGGCAUGAAAAUCAAGAUCAACUACCUGAGUCAUGGAGUCAACUACUCAUGAGUGGUGGGGUGGUGUAUGAAGAAGAUAAGGAACAAAUUAUGCUAAGUCAGCCUCUUUCAAAUGCUUCUUCUCUUGUUGAUCAUGUCAAACAAGAAACUUCAGUGAACAACUAUGUUUAUGGAAAUGAAGAAUUUCAUGGAACAACAAAUUCUAGUACUUGGUCUCAAAUAGUGUCGGUGCCUUCUUCUUCUUCCUCCAAAUCUAGCAUGUUGGAUUUUUCUAACAAUAAAUUUGAUACAAGAUCUCCACCAUCAGAUCCAUCUUCUGACCAGUGCAAUAGUGGUGCAACUGGUGGGGCAUUGAAGAAAGCUAGGGUUCAACCAUCUACAACUCAGCCUACCUUCAAGGUUAGGAAGGAGAAGUUAGGUGACAGAAUUACUGCCCUUCAUCAACUAGUUUCCCCAUUUGGAAAGACUGACACAGCAUCUGUCUUAUUAGAAUCAAUUGGUUAUAUCAGAUUCCUUCAGAGUCAAAUUGAGGCACUUAGUUUACCAUACUUGGGAAAUGGAUCAGUAGGAGGAGGAAACAUCAAGAACCAACAACAACAAUAUGUUCAAGGUGAGAAGAAUUGUUUUUUCCCUGAACACCCUGGUCAGCUUCUGAAUGAAAACUGUUUGAAGAGAAAGGCCAGUGAGCAGGAUUGUGAAGAAGAAGAAAAGAAGGACUUGAGGAGUAGAGGAUUAUGUUUGGUUCCAGUUUCAUGCACACUACAAGUUGGAAGUGACAAUGGAGCUGAUUAUUGGAAUUCUAGUUUUGGUGGUGGAUAUCAGUAGAUUGGAUUAAUUUACAAUUGGGGUAGCAUGCAUAUAUUCAUCAUAUAUAUAUAUAUGUGAAAAAACAUACAAAGAGGCAAGCAAAUUGGUGGAAAUUUGUAUAGCAUCAUGAGCAGUCAAUCUGCUAUAUAUAAAAUAUUAUCUAAGGCUGAUUGCUCAUGAUGCUAUGCAAGGUUCCUUAAUAAAAAAUAUGUAUGCUGAUUAUAUAUUUGCAAGCCCUUGUUAAUUAAGAAUCCUCAAUUUGUGCAAAUAAUUAUUCAAGCUUUAACUUAUUUUCAUUUGAUCAUUAGCUUAAUUUAAAGGUCAGAUGCUAGAUUUUAAUGUAUAUAUGGAAUAAUUGUAUGAUUAAUCAUUUGAAUUCUAAACAUUUAGAACAAGCUUUUGAAUUUUGUUAUA